AUGCUAGUGGAAUGUGAUAAAGAAUCGGUAUUGAUGCGACGACCCGCUCUACCAUCGACACUGAUUCCGGUAACAAUUGAAGCAGCGAGUGCCUUGGCACGGGAUGCUGCGAUAGAUCCCGACCGUGAGCCACUUGCUGAAGCACUGUUAGAACCGGCGUUACUUGCUGCGUUGGAGGCUGCGUUGGAACCUGAUCGUGAUCCACUGUUGGAUCCGGAAAUGGAACCUGCGUUACUUGCGGCGUUAGAUGCUGCGUUGGAGCCAGAUCUUGAUCCACUUGCUGAAGCACUGUUAGAACCGGCGUUACUUGCUGCGUUGGAGGCUGCGUUGGAACCUGAUCGUGAUCCGCUGUUGGAUCCGGAAAUGGAACCUGCGUUACUUGCGGCGUUAGAUGCUGCGUUGGAGCCAGAUCUUGAUCCACUUGCUGAAGCGCUGUUAGAACCGGCGUUACUUGCUGCAUUGGAGGCUGCGUUGGAACCUGAACGUGAUCCACUGUUGGAUCCAGAAAUGGAACCUGCGUUACUUGCGGCGUUAGAUGCUGCGUUGGAGCCAGAUCUUGAUCCACUUGCUGAAGCGCUGUUAGAACCGGCGUUACUUGCUGCGUUGGAGGCUGCGUUGGAACCUGAUCGUGAUCCGCUGUUGGAUCCGGAAAUGGAACCUGCGUUACUUGCGGCGUUAGAUGCUGCGUUGGAGCCAGAUCUUGAUCCACUUGCUGAAGCGCUGUUAGAACCGGCGUUACUUGCUGCGUUGGAGGCUGCGUUGGAACCUGAUCGUGAUCCGCUGUUGGAUCCGGAAAUGGAACCUGCGUUACUUGCGGCGUUAGAUGCUGCGUUGGAGCCAGAUCUUGAUCCACUUGCUGAAGCGCUGUUAGAACCGGCGUUACUUGCUGCGUUGGAGGCUGCGUUGGAACCUGAUCGUGAUCCACUGUUGGAUCCGGAAAUGGAACCUGCGUUACUUGCGGCGUUGGAUGCUGCCUGAGAGCCAG